AAUCCCUGCCCAGGAAACCCCUGGAAAAACUCGGGAGCGGGCAGGGUGCGGGCAGUGUCACCUCCUGGCACCUCCCGAAUCCCGCGCAAAGGUCCCGGUUCCGCCCGUUUAUUUAAACAAACAUUCCCGGAGAGGGACAAAUCCCGGGAAUUCCCAGCAGGGACACGGAGCCCGGCGGCCGCGUGGCUCCGGCCUCGGGAAUUUGGGAUUUUCCGGGGGUUUCUGGCAGCUUUUCCUUCUCCCGGAUAUUCCUGCGAGGUGGGAAUUGCUUCCCCCCGGGGGUGCUGAGAGCCCGCAGGUGCCUCCGGAGCGGGAUGGAGCCGAUCCAGCCGGGAUUGACCCUUUCCGUGCUGGCUUUUCCCAGGAAAUGAGAUCCCGCCUGGAUCCGGCUGUGCUGGGAUUGUCCGAGGUGUGUGACCCGUCCGGAGCCGGGACAAGAUCCACAAAGGAAAGCGGUUUUUUUAUAAUCAGCUGACCGGGCUGGGAAUGUGAAAACAGGAAAACGGGCUGAGCUCAUCCCAGCGCAUCCCAGCGCAUCCCAGUCCCCUCCCUGUCCCCAGCGGGCCCCGAGCGGCGCCCCCCCUCCCUGGAGCCCCCCGACAUGGAGGGGGCCGCGCCCCCGAGGCGCCGCUGCGUGUCCGUCCUGGAGCCGGGCACGGGCUGGGAGGAGGAGGAGGAGGAGGGGGAGGAAGGACGGACCCCCGGGGUGCCCCUGCGCAGGGCCCGGGCGCUCCGCAGCUCCCUGGAUCCGUUCCGGCGGCACAGCUGGGAGCCGGGCCGGGACCCGCGCAGCGGGAGCCCCGAUCUCGGCUGCAGCUCGGGGCAGCUGGGGGGGCUCUGGCGGCCCCCCCGGGACCCCCGCAGGGCGCCCCUGGUGCACAGCAGCGACGACCUGGACUCGCUGCUCUCGCAGGACGAGGAGGACGCGGCCGAUGUGAAGGAGGACGCGUGGAGGCUCCCGGCGCCCCGGGGCUGGUCCCGCUGCAAAUCCGCGUCUCUCGGUGUCAUCGCCAGUGUCCCCAGCGAGGAGGCUGCCGAAAUUCCCUGGUUCGCCUCCCAGCAGAGCCUGGUCAGCGGCGCCGGGAGCCGCGAGCGGCUGGCGGGGGAGGCGGGGACCCCCCCGGGCCGGGAAGGGACCCCCCUGGACAGGACCCUCAGCUUCAUCCGCAGGAUGACCGGGAAGACAAAGGGCAAGGACAAGGAGAGGAUGAAGGAGGGCAAGGAGAAGGACGCGCGGUACACCAACGGGCACCUCUUCACCACCAUCUCCGUGUCGGGCAUGACCAUGUGCUUCGCCUGCAACAAGAGCAUCACGGCCAAGGAAGCGCUCGUGUGUCCCACCUGCAACGUCACCAUCCACAACCGCUGCAAGGACACGCUGCCCAACUGCACCAAGGUGAAGCAGAAGCAGCAGAAGGCGGCGCUGCUGAAGAACAGCUCAGCGCUGCAGUCGGUGUCCCUGCGCAACAAGAAUGCCAUCCGGGAGCGCCCCAAUUCUGCCAUCUACCCCUCGGAGAGUUUCCGCCAGACGCUGCUGGGGCCGCGCCGGGGCCGCCCCUCCCUGUCGCUCUCCAAGAGCGUCUCCACCACCAACAUCUCAGGGACGUUCAACGAUGACUCCCCGCUGGGCAUCCGGCGGAUCCUGUCCCAGUCCACGGAUUCCCUCAACAUGCGCAACCGGACGCUGUCGGUGGAGUCGCUGAUCGACGAAGGCCCCGACGUCAUCCUGAGCCAGCUGCUGAGCGACCUGGAGGCGGACGGGAAGGAGUUCGAGGCGGAUUCCUGGAGCCUGGCGGUGGAUAACAGCUUCCUGCAGCAGCACCGCAUGGACGUCAUGAAGAGACAGGAUGUCAUCUACGAGCUGAUGCAGACGGAGCUGCACCACGUGCGGACGCUGAAGAUCAUGGGCGCCCUGUUCCGCAGGGCGAUGCUGGAGGAGCUGCAGCUGGACCCCGGCACCGUCCAGCGCAUCUUCCCCUGCCUGGACGAGCUCAGCCACAUCCACGAGCGAUUCCUGGCCCAGCUCCUGGAGCGGCGCCGGGAGUCGCUGGCGCAGGACAGCAACAAGAACUUCGUCAUCGACCGCCUCGGUGACAUCCUGGUCACCCAGUUCUCGGGCCCCAGCGCGGAGCAGCUGCGCAAGGCCUACGCCGAGUUCUGCAGCAAGCACACCAAGGCGCUCAAGGAGUACAAGGACCUGCUGGCCCGGGACAAGCGCUUCCAGCAGUUCAUCCGGAGGGUGACACGCUCCCCCCUCCUCCGCCGCCACGGCGUCCCCGAGUGCAUCCUGCUGGUGACGCAGCGCAUCACCAAGUACCCCGUGCUCAUCGAGCGCAUCCUCAAGAACUCCAAAGACAACGAGGGGGACUGCGCCGACCUGUCGCGGGCGCUGCGGCUGGUGAAGGAGCUGCUGUCGGCCGUGGACGAGGAGGUUCACGCGUGGGAGCUGCGGGGACGUCUGUGGGACGUUUUCCGGCGCGUGGACCCGCGGGCCAAGGUGCCGCUGCUGUGGGACAGCCGCCCCGGCGCCUUCGGCAGGGACGAGCUGCUGCGCAGGAAGCUGGUGCACAGCGGGGGGAUGCUCUGGAAAACGGCGGCCGGGCGCUUCAAAGAUGUGCUGGUGCUGCUGAUGACGGACGUGCUGGUGUUCCUGCAAGAGAAGGACCAGAAAUACACGUUCCCCAUGCUGGACAAGCCGGCCGUCAUCUCGCUGCAAAACCUGAUCGUGCGUGACAUCGCCAACCAGGAGAAGGGGAUGUUCCUGCUCAGCGCGGCGCCGCCCGAGAUGUACGAGGUGCACGCGGCCUCGCGCGACGACCGCAACCACUGGAUGAAGGUCAUCCAGCAGGCGGUCAGCCUCUGUCCCAGCCGCCAGGAUUUCCCCCUGAUUGAGACGGAGACCGAAGCGUCCCUGAGGAAGCUGAAAGAGCGGAUGGAGCAGCACGACCGGCAGAUCGCGGCGCUGCUGGAGGACAAGGUCGGCAUUUUUGCCGACAUGCUGGCGCUGGGCAGCGGCUCCGAGCCCCCCCCGGCCCCCCGAGGGACCCCCUUCCCUGGGGACCCUGCCCGCGGCCCCCGCGGGGACGUCCUGCUGCACGACGCCAUCCGGGAAGUGGAGUGCCUGAAGGAGAUUUUCACGGGGUGCCCCCGGGAUCGGGACCAGAACCAGAACCAGAACAACCCCCCCGAGGCCGAGAGCUGCCCCAGCCCCAGCGCCAGCAACGGCGACUCCGGCAGCGUCAACGGCUCCCUGGAAUUCCGGGCGGAUCCGGACGCUGGGCAGAGGGACGGGAAUGGGAACCAGGUCCCGCCCAGGGGAUCCCAGGAGGAGAUCAACCAGCGCCUGGUGAACCUGUACGGGCUCCUGCUGCGGCUCCAGGUGCACCUGACGCACCAGGAGGUGCUGCUGGAGCUGCAGCUGCCCGAGGGGCUGCAGCGGCCGCGGCCGCGCCGGGGCUCGCAGCCGGCGGUGCCGGUGAGCGGGGCGGCCGAGCCGGGUCCCGGCGCGGAGCUGGCGCUGCUGCAGCGGCAGCACGGGCUGGUGCAGGAGGAGCUGAGCCGCUGCCGCCAGCUCUGCCAGGAGCGGGCGCAGGAGGCGGCGGCGCUGGAGUCGCGGCUGCGGGACAGCGAGCGGGAGCGGGCGCGGCUGGAGCGGGAGCUGCAGGAGGCGCGGGGGGCUCCGGCGGCGCCGCCGAGGGGGAGGAGGGCGGCGGAGCCCCGGCGCAGGAGCCUCCCGGCCGGGGAUGCGCUGUACCUGAGCUUCACCCCGCCGCAGCUCAGCCUCGCCAGCCCCCCCGCCGUUCUCCCGUACCACCCCCCCGCCUUCCCCAGCCCCCGCCAGGAGCUGGAAUUCCGCGGCGCCGACCCCGAGCGGCUGCGGGAGGGCGAGGACACCCUGGAUGUGCUCCUGGAGGACGAGGGGGGCUUGGGAAGCCGCCACUCCCCCCCCGCCAGCCCCCGAGAUUUCCUGAGGAUGCAGGAUAUUCCCGAGGAGGCGGAGAACAGCCAGGAGCUGAAGGAGGGCGACGGGGACAGUUAGGGACCCCCGCAGCCCCCCCAGCACCCCACGGUCCCCCCGGGACGCGCCAGGGGUGGAUCCAGCUGUGGGGAGCGAUUGGAAAAGCGGGAUGGGGACGCUGCUAUUCCCACGGGAGCCUUACGGGAACGGGGGGGUCCGGUCGCCCCCUCCCCUACUCCAGCCCGGUGGGGCGGGGGUGACAUCGUGUCCCCCCUCUUCCCGCUGGGGUUUAUUUAUUUAUUUGGAUGUUUUUUGGGGUGCGGGAGGUGGCCCCGGGGUGGGGGGGGGGGAUCCUCCCGCUCCUGGGUCAGCGGUGACAGUGACCCCCCCCCCCCGGUGUCGGGGGGCUGCCCAAGGGUGGGGCGGGGAGGGACGGGGUCCCCGCGGAUUAAUUGUAAAAACAAAGGACAGAAGACAUAAAAAAUAUUAAAAAAUCUGGAAA